AUGCGGAGGCAGUUUCUGCUAUGCUCACGCUUCGUCGUUGAGAUACCCAACAGUCAUUGGCUCCCUCAUCGACUCCUCCUCGUGCGGCAUGGAGAGUCAGAGGCAAACGUAGACCGCACUCUGUACAGUAAAAUGCCUGACUGGAAGAUCCCACUAACCGAGCGAGGUCAAGCGCAGGCGUUAGACUGCGGUCGUCGCCUUCGUAAUAUCAUCAAGAAUGAAAAGCUUUAUAUUUAUUACUCGCCGUACGUUCGCACCCAGCAGACUUUGGCAGAGAUACGGAAGAGUUUAGAGGAGUCCCAGGUCCAGGGGGAGCGCGAGGACGAGCGACUACGCGAGCAGGAGAUUGGCAAUUUUCAGCCAUUAGAAGAAAUGGAUCGAAUGUGGAACGAGCGCAAUGAGUUUGGUCGUUUUUACUACCGUUUCCCCGGCGGUGAGAGUAGUGUGGAUGUCGGUGAUCGCGUGUCCACUUUCUUUGAUUCCCUGUUUCGCGAGCGGCUGGAGCUUUACUCGCUUUCCGCGAUGGACCCUGAUGGGCCGCUCGCGCUGCCGGGGGAGGAUGACCAAAAUGUUCUGAUCAUCUCGCACGGUCUCCUCAUUCGCUUGUUUAUUGCCCGCUGGUUUUACGUACCUGUGGAAGCCUUUGAGACAAUGCGUAAUCCUCCCAACUGUUCCAUUGUAGUGCUGGAGCGCCGCGACUCGGCUCGGCUGGUUAUGAGCGACAUUAGCAAGAAGCUUUUUGGGAGCGACCCGUUGCUGGAAAUGAUGAAGUUUGACAGCAAGGACACCAUCAAGCAGUACUGUAAUAUGUUUUUUAUGGAUCACUCGGACUCAUUUACCCCCGAAGAGGGGCUGUAA